AUGAACACAGCUGUUGCGUGGCCCAUAGAUAAACCAAUUAUUUUCAAUGUUCCAGUUACUAGAAACUCUACUUUUGAGCUCGACAUCCCACAAGCAUUUACAAGUCAGCUACCAACAUGCAACACUGUAUGGAAUUUCUUCACUGUGGACGAGCAAGGCAUCAUGGAUGACAGUGAAGAGCAGUCGUUCACUGUCAACAGAGUCUCUUAUACAAUGAUGGGUGGUACAUUUCUAUUCCCCUUUGGGGGGUUUGCAGGUCAGUUGAUUGCAUCCAAUUACGAGUCCAAGGGUGCAAGUCUAUAUGGUUUUGAAGCGAUCGAUGCAUCACGUCACACUACCUUUGCAUCCUGCUGGCCUCAUUUGAGAAGAGAUGAUGCCAUGUCAACAGAAAUAGAGCCAGAGCAAGAGGAUGAUUUGGAAUGGAUGAUUCGCAGAGGUCGUCAAUUACUACCUGUCGCUAUCUCAGAUCGAGAGGAUCAGAGCCCUUCCAAGCAGGAUGAGAUCAGCAAAGCCCUUGCUUCUACAACUACUGUCACAGAAAUAGUAUUACCCAGUGAAGCAGUAUUAGGAAGCAGCGUAUCCAGCAUGUUGAGUGAAUACUCAUCUCUGUUGGAUGUUCUCAAUCCUCAGCACUUUUUUGAUGAAGCGUAUAUAAGCCAGGACAAACAUCCAGCAAACGAUGCCGACAUGGAAGCAUUUGCAAAUGCUCUUCUAGACCAGCAACCUGAAAGUCCUAUGAUAGAACGUCCUGCUGAUUUCGCUCAAAUAUAUGAAGGUCCAAAGACAACAGUGACAACCUAA